AUGGGUCGUCCUUUGGCUUACACCUUUCUCAGAUAUCGUUUGCUUCAGAGAUGGGCACUUAAGGGUCCUAUGAGCUUAAUAGAUCUAGAGAAUAACUAUUACAUUGUAAAGUUCCUUUAUGAGGAAGAUAUGAGAUACGUGCUCACUGGUGGUCCUUGGCAAAUUGCUGGCCAAUACAUUGUGACACAGAAAUGGAAGCCUGGGUUUAAUGCGAAGGAGGAGAAGAUCACCCAUAUGACUGCUUGGGUUCGAAUUAAUGGGCUGAACGUUGAAUAUUUUCGUGCUGAUGUUAUGGAAAAAAUUGGAAAUCUGGUUGGGGUUACGGUCAAGGUGGAUGCUCAUACUCUCAGCCAAGCUCGUGGUAAGUUUGCUCGAAUUUGUGUUGAGCUUGAUUUGGCUAAGCCUCUUACUCCAUUCAUUGAGAUUGAGGGCCGUACUUAUGGGGUAGUGUAUGAGGGAAUUAAUUUGGUUUGCUUUGAAUGUGGGUGUUUUGGGCAUGGUAGAGACACUUGCCCUAUUAUUUUGCAAGCCAAACAACAGGUUCCAGAGUUAGAUAAUGCUGAUGGUAUGGAGGAUAUUUCUACUGUCCAGGUUGAUGUGAAUGCAGAUGUUGCUACAAAGGAGGCUGAGGUUUCAGCAAAGAUGCACGGAGAAUGGAUGUUGAUGAAGCCAAGGAAUUUUAGGAAGAAGAGCAUGAAUGAUAUAGGGAAGGGUGCUGAGCUUAGCAAGAGGAAUACAAAGGAUGCUGGUAAUAAAGCUGUUAGUCCUAUCUUUGGGUCUCGUUUUAAUGUGUUGAAUGAGGAAGUUGGCAGAAAAGAGGAUGUGGAUGGUUCUACUCCUGUGAAGAAUAGUGGCUCUAGUUCUAAAAGACAGGGUUCUUCUGCUAAGGUAAAAGGGGCUGGGGUGAAAUCCUCUUCCUCUCGUGACUCUGGCACAUGGGUGUUUAAAAAACCUCUUAAGGACAUUACCAAUUCUGUGGUAGCUACUUCUGGUGGUGGUGGUGUUAAAAGUGGUUCUGUUUUACGGAGGCCUUGGAUGAACAGAGCUGGGGCUAAACCUUUUCCUUGUCAUGAUAUUGAACCUGUGGGGCUGCAAGUCAAUGGCUCUGAUGUUCAAGAUGAUGUUCGGGGAAAGUUUUCUUUUAAUUUGGGUGGCUCUCUUUUUCCAAAGUUACCUUUGGGUAAGGGAGGGUUAUUUUUUGGUCCUGAACCUCCUGAUAUCAGUGAGAUGGGAAUUAAUGAGGUUGAGCCUUCUAAUCCGAGUGAUAUGGAUCAUCAAGGUAAUUUCUCUGAACAUUGUGAGUCUGAUGCUGGACUGGAAGCUGAUAGCUCUUUUGAGAAUGAUGGUUUUGAAGCCGUUGAGGCUGAGCAUGUGCAGAUUUAG